AUGCCUCCAUCAGAGAAGAAUUUAAAUCAAAUCACUAGUAUUACUAGUGCCACUAGUUUCAGACAGGUGGAAGAUCAUCAGAUUGAUAUAGCUGCAGUUACUUCAAAGCAAAUAUCUAUUGGUGAAGUUGGGGUGAACUUGACAACCGAGCAGAAGCAUUUAAUCUUGAAAAGAUUGCAUUUCGAUGUUUUGGAUACUUUAGACGAUUUACCACUCGAUGCAACAUUCAUGAUUGAAAAGGUCGAAAACUUGCAAGUUGAGGAAGCUUUAGAAAUCUUAAAGCAAAACUACGAAGAGUUUGAAGAUGACUUCAAUUACCCAGCGGAAGACUUAGACUUGAUCUUAAGAUUAAUUAACCAAGCGCCUGGCCAGCUAGAUGACACCGUCAAGACCAAGUUAGGCGAACAGUUGGAGGGUAAGGACAUGGAGAAAGUACUGACAACAUCAAUAGACGUACACUCAAGAGAGGAUGGUCCGUUAGAAGCUAACAAAUCAGCGUACCUUGAAAUUGUGGAUUGGGAUUUGCAAGUGAGAUUAGAAGCUGCUAUCGUGGCAUACCACUCACCUUAUCCUGAAGUCAGAUCUGUCACACUUCCCUAUGAUGAUCCAAAUACUCCAGCUGAAACAUUCAGGGCAUACGUCAUUGGUGUAAUCUGGUUAGCAAUUGGUGCAUUCAUAAACCAAUUCUUCACUGAAAGACAACCUUCCAUUACGAUGUCCACUGCUGUUGCUCAACUUUUCCUUUAUCCUAGUGGUUAUCUUUGGAAUAUGAUUUUCCCAGACGUUACUGUCCCACUUGGAAAAUUUUCAUUUAAGUUGAAUCCAGGUCCUUGGACUUAUAAGGAGCAGAUGUUUGCUACUAUUAUUUACUCUGUCGCUGCUUCAACUCAGUAUAUUUCUUAUAAUAUCUAUUCCCAGAAGGUUGACGUAUUUUAUGGCAAUACGUGGGUUACCUGGGGAUAUCAAAUUUUACUUUCACUCUCUACCAAUUUCUUAGGGUUCGGUUUUGCUGGUAUUUUGAGAAGAUUUGCUUGUUAUCCAAUUAAAGCCAUUUGGCCAUCUUUGUUACCAACCCUUGCUUUGAAUCAAGCUUUGCUUAACCCAAGUAAGAAAGAAAACAUCAAUGGAUGGACGGUUUCAAGAUAUUAUUUCUUCUUCACCACAUUUGGAGCUUCCUUCCUUUGGUUUUGGAUCCCAGAUUAUUUGUUUGGAGCAUUGUCAUACUUCAAUUGGAUGACUUGGAUUAAGCCUGAUAACUUCAAUCUUGCUAUGAUUACAGGCAGUUAUAAAGGACUUGGAUUGAACCCAAUUACUACCUUUGAUUGGAAUAUUAUCUCCUUUAAUUAUCCAUUGAUUUACCCAUGGUACACUCAGCUCAAUAACUAUCUUGGUACGUUACUAGCACUCCCUGUUAUUUGUGCCAUUUACUGGACAAAUAGUAAAUGGACUUCUUACCUUCCAAUGAAUUCAAAUAAAUUAUUCAACAACGUUGGUGGAAGUUACACAGUUGCAUCUGUUUUAAACGAUAAAGGCUUACUUGAUCAGGCAAAGUAUGAAGAAUACGGACCACCAUUUUACUCUGCAGGUAAUUUGGUUGUUUACGGUGCAUUCUUUGCUAUUUAUCCAUUUUCUGUUUUUUACGAGUCAGCUAUCAGAUGGAAGGAAAUCAAGACUUCCUUCCACGAUAUCGUUAAGACAUUGAAAGAUUUCAGAAAACCAGUACUUGAACAGUUUCACGAUCCACACUCCAAGAUGAUGUCUCGUUACCCAGAAGUCCCAGAAUGGUGUUUUCUCAUCAUUUUGGUCAUUUCAAUCGUGUUAGCAAUCUUAUGUGUUGAAUUAUAUCCAACCGAAACACCAGUGUGGGCUAUUUUCUUUGCUGUUGCAAUCAAUUUUGUUUUUUUGAUUCCAUUGACGUAUCUUAUUAGUUCCACUGGUUGGGGUUUCGGAUUAAACGUCUUGGUUGAAUUGAUUAUUGGGUAUGCUCUUCCAGGUAACUCCCAAGCUUUAAUGAUCAUUAAAGCAUUUGGUUAUAACAUUGAUGGUCAAGCGCAGAACUAUAUUUCAGAUCAAAAGAUGGCACACUAUGCCAAGAUCCCACCCCGUGCACUUUUCAGAGGUCAAUUACUUGCUGUGUUCAUAGGUAGUUUCAUCGGGUUAGGUGUCAUGAAUUGGCAGUUCGACACCAUUGUUGAUAUUUGUCAUAGUGAUCAAUCCCAAAAGUUCACAUGUCCCAGUUCUACUACCUUCUUCUCUGCGUCUGUCUUCUGGGGUACAAUUGGACCAAAGAAGGUUUUCGGAGGAUUGUAUCCAGUCUUGCAAUACUGUUUCUUAAUUGGUUUCUUAUUGGUUUUCCCAGCUCUUGCCUUCAAGUGGUAUGGUCCAAAGAAAUGGACGAGAUACUUCCAACCUUCAAUUUUCAUGGGUGGAUUUUUGAACUAUGCUCCUUACAACUUGUCUUACUAUACUCCAGGUUUGUACGUUUCAUUUGCAUUUAUGUAUUACAUCAAGAAGCACUACUUGACCUGGUGGGAGAAGUAUAACUUUGUUUUAUCUGGUGGAUUGGACGCAGGUGUUGCAUUCAGCAGUAUAAUAAUUUUCUUUGCUGUUCAAUACCAUGACAAGUCCAUCAGUUGGUGGGGCAAUGAUGUGUCAUGGGUAGGUGUCGAUGGUGGAUAUUACAAUCAAACCAUUCUUGAUGCUUCUGUAUCGGCACCAGACGGAUACUUUGGUCCAAGAAUUGGUAAUUUCCCAUAA